AAAGAGAGCGACUUUGUCUUUCGCGGCCUUUAUUUAUGUACAUCAAACACUUUUUCUGAGCUCUUGGUCCUGGAUCUCAUUCAUUUCUUCACCACAAACACUGCAGAUAUCAAGAACAAGAAAGAGAGAGAGAUCCAAGAGAGCAAUGGAAGGUGAGAUAUACAAUUUCAUAAAGGUAUGGCUCUCAGUCUUCGUAUGUCUUUCUUAUUGCUAUACAAUUAAUAAGAAAGUCUCCAAAGGUCUUUCAAGACUCCUCUGUGUUCUCCCAAUUGUUUGCCUCUUUCUCUUCCUUCCUCUUGACCUCCAUUCCAUUCAUCUUGGAGGCACAACUGCCUUUUUCAUAGCUUGGCUUGCCAAUUUCAAGCUCUUACUCUUUGCUUUUGGUAAAGGCCCUUUGUGUUCUGACCCAUCAAUCUCUCUUGGACGCUUUGUUGCUCUUGCUUGCCUUCCCAUCAAGAUCCAACAAAACACACCCUCAAAACCCCAAAACACCUCAAGUAAGGUAAACCCUUUUCCACUAGAGUCACAAAAUGGCCAUAGUAAAGAAAACCCACCUCAAAAACCAAUAGAGAAACUCAAAAAUCCACCAAUGGCACAUCUAAAUGGCCAAAACAAAGAAAACCCAACUUCCAAAAAGACCCAAGAAAGUCAUAUCUCCCUUCCUAAUUAUGCAGUAAAGGGUGUUCUUUUGGCCAUUUUGGUAUGUUUAUAUGACUAUAGUGACCAUAUGCACCCAAAAGUCCUAUUGAUCCUCUAUUGCUUUCACAUAUACCUUCUCCUGGAGUUCAUCUUAGCCAUUGUAGCAACCCUAGCUCGAGUCCUACUAGGAAUGGAGCUCGAACCACAGUUCAACGAGCCAUACCUCUCCACUUCACUACAAGACUUCUGGGGUAAAAGAUGGAACCUCAUGGUCACCAACAUGCUACGCAUCACCGUAUACAAUCCCACCCGACAUGCUCUUGUGACACGUGGCAUCAACAAAAAGUGGGCCCCACUCAUUGCUGUCUUUGCCACAUUUGUUGUUUCGGGGUUCAUGCACGAGCUUAUUUUCUACUACUUGGGGCGCAUGAGUCCCACAUGGGAGGUCACUUGGUUCUUCCUUUUACACGGUUUGUGUUUGGUAGUUGAGCUUGUCUUGAAGACGGAGGUUUUUACCGGUGGGUGGCGGUUGCCACGGCUGAUUUCGGGGCCUUUGGCAAUUGGAUUUGUGUUCAUUACCUCGUUUUGGCUGUUUUUUCCUCCGUUCCUCCGGUUUAAGGCUGAUGUUCGAGCUUUCGAAGAGUAUGCAGUAUUAGGCGGGUUUUUGAAGAAUGUUACUCGUACAUCAAUUUAGGGUAUGCUUGGAACGAAAGGAAAAAGAGAAGAUAUUAAAGAGUUUUAUGUAUCUAAUACAUGUGAUAUACCUCUUAUUUAAGGUAUAUUUGGAAUACAAAAAGUGGUAACAAUGAUUUUUA